AUGGGCAAUAACCAGUCUGGUCCGCAGCGGGACCGACCCGCUGGCGGUCAUCCUUCCUCGACAGCAUCUACACCUUCCACCACUGCCGGCCACGAACCCCGCCGUCGCGACUCAAUCCACAAACUCUCAUCUAGCAAAGCGACGGCGGCGCCUCCAUCAGAGUCUCUUACCAGUGCAACCGCGCAUGUUCCUAGCAGGUCUCGCCCGUUGCCUCACCAUACUCGGCAUCGCUCGGAGGCUUCCGCAAUUGACAAGUCCAGAUCUCGACUACCCGCAGAGAGGACCCUCAAUGACUCGUCUCAGCAAAAGUCUGAGGCUGCCUCCGCGCGAGCGACUCCUCCGUCACCCUCGAGCAAGCCAAUGCAAGUCCCCGGCUCCAAUGAUGGAUCUCGUAGGACGGAUUCUCGAAGAGAACCUCCUCGUCUUACAGAAGAUCAGGAUUCGCUGCCUCCAUCACAGAUCAGUCGUCCGCCACGGCUGCCUUUGCCGAUUGAGGAGGAACUUCAUACGCCGGGAUCACCGAUCAUCUCGGCGGAAGAUCUUUCUUCUGCCCUAGAUCGCGACGCCAUCGAGGGUGCACUGCCCCGGAGAACCUCCGUGCUUAGCAGUACAACUGUGGAUGAAGACGAUAUCGGAGACGACUUGCAGAAUUAUCCCGUUGAUCGAGCGCAUAGCCAAGCAAUUCCUACACUAAUUGAAUGGAAGCAAGGCGGUGACAAGGUCUAUGUCACAGGUACAUUUGCAAAUUGGAAUCGCAAAUUUAGAUUGCACAAAGAGCCAGGCAAGCAGAGUCUAUCUGCCGUUCUCCAGCUCCCUCCAGGCACUCAUCAUCUAAAGUUUAUUGUGGAUGGCGAGAUGCGCACGUCUGAUGACCUCCCAACCGCUGUUGACUACACCAACAUUUUGGUGAACUACAUUGAAUUAAGCGCAGAGGAUGUCCUCCCACCACCGGCCUCCGAGCUUCAGGAGCAAGAGACGCAGCAGCAAGAGACACCCACUGCUCAACCUCCCAAAGUUCCUUCCACUGCACCAGACGUGAAAGCACCUGAUCCCUCGUCAGGUGCCAUCAGUGAGGCUGUUCCCUCAGAAGGUCCUACUCCACCUCCAAAGAAAUAUACAUCUGAAAUCCCUCGCUUCUUGCUGGAUCUCGAGCGUCCCGAGGAUUCUCCUCAAUAUCAACGUGCAGCUGCAGCUGCAAGCAGUCUCCCGCCUCCGCCUAGCCUACCUCUAUUUUUAGGGAAAUCAAUCCUAAACAAUACGACACCAAUGAAGGACGAUAGCAGUGUCCUUAGCAUGCCAAAUCAUACCGUGCUCAAUCAUUUGGCAACAAGCAGCAUUAAGAACAAUGUUCUUGCCACAAGUGCUACGACUCGCUACAAGCGCAAGUACGUGAGCACGAUCCUGUAUAAGCCGACAAAUGACGCCGGGGAUUGA